AUGCCUCAGAUGCGCAUUGUGAAACCUUCCUGUAUCCAGUGGCUAGUGACAGAAAAUUUGGUGUGGUGGAAUGUAAUUACCAGAACAGUGCCAGGACAGGAAUACUGCUGGGUAGUGAUCAAUAGCGACAAACCCAUGAUAGGUCCGGCGCCACCCCUGGUCUCAGGUCAUUGGGUCUCGGAUUGGGGUGUUAGUAACCGCCGUAUGCAUUGGAAUUUGACGUUAGAUAUGCGCAAAGCAAUUUUUAGCAUACAUGAAAACGCGCGAAAAAUAAUCGACACUCUCAUCUCCACCUACAACCUCAAGUGCACCUUCCCUCCUGUUCUCUCCUUACACUGGUUAGAGGAUCAAUUCUAUACAGAGGAGACAUUAGCUGCGAAGGUCGCAGAAGCCCGAUACCACAUACUGGAGCAGUAUGGGUUCAUAGUGUUUCAGAUCAAGAAACAUCCUGAUUGGAUAACACGUCUGGACUUAUCAACCGUCAAGGAUCUAAUAAUCAGCGCCGAUGUCAAGAAGUUGCAUUUCAAAGAGUUAUGGAUGCUUAUUGAGCACCAAGUCCCAAUGCACUAUCAAUGGUUUCCUACAGACACUGGCCCCUUUGACCCAAAAGUGCUCAAGGCUAGUGAUUACAACGAACUUAGAAGACCAAGUCACAAGUCUUCCCACCAGAGGAACAUCAAGUCAUUGCCUUGCCGGCUAUGGGAGAGGCUACUUUCUAUCGACACGGACUGCGAGGGAUCACAUCCACGUGCUCCUUCCCCGCCUGGCGAGGAACAAGUGAUGCUUCAAGAAAGCGGUUCCUCCAGGAAGCGCACUCUUUCUGCUAGCACUUCUUCAGCUCCUGAGGCCAAGAGGUAUUGUGGAGUCACAAGCAAUCAACGACCCGCCCAACACAAACAACUCACCAGCGAGCCACCAGUUCUUCUCCAAGACUGUCCACUGCUAGAUGUUGGCGUGUCCCCCUCAUCCGCCCCACAGGUCCUGGAUGACACUGCACCCAUACCCCAACCACUUUCUCAGUUACCACCAGUCUUUAUAACUGGUGUCACUUUCCCCGCUGUUCCAGCCCAGCGUACGGGCCAAUUAAUCACAACAUUUCGAUCAGCCAUAUGCAUCGCCUAUGACAUGUCUGUCAAUCCCAGCGCCUCCCCAGCAGAUUCCAUACCAGGUCUGCUUAGAUCUGGAGCACCCUACCAGAUUAGGGUGCCAUUUGCCAGUGAAAAUGUGACACCUGAAUCGCUCGACCCCUGA